AUGGAGAAGAUACGUACGAACAAACCCGCUUCCUUAAAAACGUUUAACAUCUCAGACACCGAUUCGGGUAUAUCAUAUGAGAGCACUGAAGAUGAAACAGAAGUCAACACUCCAACGUAUUCGCCAUCCCUAAUGGACCCAAUUGAAAAUGUUAUGAAACCAGAAAAUUUGCUAGAAAAGUUUGUAGAAGCCGGCGGAAGACGUUAUUUGAACGACAAUACAGUAAAGUGUUUUUUGCCAGCUGACCAAGAAGAAGUAAAAAGGGCGCACGACCAAAAUUACGUAGAGAAAACUAUAUGGGGAGGUAACUACUCUGCUCCCGUUUCCGAAAAUCUAUCAUUAGGAGCAAGUGUUCUUGAUGUUGGAUGUGGCGCAGGAGCAUGGAUAACAGAUAUGGCCUUGGACUACCCUGUUUCGGUAUUUGUUGGAAUAGACAUUAUUCCUUUAUUCCCCGAAAAUCAUCCAUCCAAUUCGGUAUUUCUUAAGUGUAAUAUCCUGAAUGGUCUACCGUUUCCAGAUAACACAUUCGAUUUUGUUCGACAAGGAUAUGUCGUAAUCAGUAUCGAUUGGCAAGCAUGGAAAGAGAAAGUGGUGAAAGAAUUAAUAAGAAUAACUAAGCCCGGAGGGUAUAUCGAAAUUAUGGAUGUAUACCGCGAUCCUACAAAUUCGGGAAUAAUAUGUCAAAAGAUUGACUCUUAUUUAAUGGAAAAUUUUCGCAAAGCCGGAAUCAACCCAGCGUCCGGUACAGACGUAAUAAAAACAUUUAAUGAAUUCAAGGAUAAAGUGAUUGUAGCACCCAUAGAAGAAAGGACAUACUAUUUUGGGAAGAAAGCAGGUAGAAUAGGUGAAGCGACAUUGAAAUAUACCCUGGAGGCAUAUAGAGGAAUGAAAAUUAUUUUCGCUCAUAUUAUGGGGAUUACAGAAGAAGAGUUCGAACAGAUGUUGAUUGAUUAUGAAAAGGAAUGUGAUGAAGUCAUGUCCCACAGAUCACGAUACCGUGCCAUUAUUCAAAAGCGUUGA